AUAUAAAUGAUAAAAAUUAUAUAUAUAUGUUAGAAUCUUAAAUGUCGAUUAUAUAAUCACUCAUGAACAAAUGAUUAUGCCUCUGACAUGUUCAUGUAUGAGUUUCUGUUUACAAUAGCUACUGGUUAAGUCUAAUAUGUCAACUUUCACUUGUACAUGCGUGAAAGAGAGUAAACAAUUUGCUCGUGUGUCUUUUAUAAACACACUGUUUCUAAAACGAUUGAAAUACCGUACUUCUGCAAAGUCCGUGAAGCAAUUAUAUCAAACACUUGGAGUAAAUGAAGAUUGUGAAGAUGAAACACUUAGACUUGCCUUUAUACAUCUUGCUAAACAAUUUCAUCCAGACAGUGGAGCACCAGAAGCUGAUGCAAUUAGAUUUGCCGAAGUUGAAAAUGCCUAUAGAGAAAUACGAAAGCUACGUAAUGAUAUGAAAGAAAGUAAUUCUCAAUUAUUACCAGAGGUUGAAGAAUUCGAUAUUAAGCAUACAGCACCACAACAUCGUCAUUAUCUAAACUAUGAUGUUGGAAUAGGAACGCCAAGUAAAAGACAAAAAUUAUACACUAUUGAAAGAGCACAAAAAGCUGUUGAAAAUAUUAUGGAACACAGAUUGCAAAAAUUACAAGCAGAAGAACGUAAUACAUUAAUUGGGAUGGAUAAAAAACGUGCUCAAGAUAUCAAGACACGUUAUGGUAUGGAUCGGUUGGUAGAAGAUUUGAUUCAAGAGGCAAUGAAUAAAGGUGAAUUUAGUGAUCUUCCUGGCAUGGGUAAACCUUUAAAAAAUAAUAUCAGUAGAGAAAAUCCAUACGUUGAUUUCACUACGCAUAAAUUAAAUCAGGUAUUAAUAGAAAAUGGAUUUACUCCAGAAUGGAUACAACUGUCAAAGGAAAUCAGAGAAGAAACCAAAGAAUUAAAUAAAUUAUUAACAGAAGCUCGCAAUAAAUUAAGUUUAACUCCAUUAAAUUUUGAAGAAACAGAAAGUUGGAAUAAUACUAUAGAAAAUUUAAAACCUUUAAUUAAAAAAUUAAACAAUAAAAUUGAUAAAUAUAAUUUACUAGUACCUAUACUCCAGAAACAAAUGGUUCAUGUUAAUUUAGAAACUCUUGCAGAACAGGCAUUAUUGAAAGAACCAGUUCAAUCAACAACAAAAUCAGUAAAAAAACAUACAAAUGAUACUUAUAAUUACAACAAUAAUUUCGACAUUUUUAGUUUGAUUGAAACAAUAUUCAAAAAGAAAGUUACUUAAAGAUAAAGUAGAUAAUAAACUAGAUAACGUUAAUGUUUAUUAAAAAUCUAAAAUAAAUAGUUAAUGCAUUAUUUUAUUUAUUGACUAGAAGAAGA